AUGCUCACCUCCGUGGCCCACUCCGGCCCGUGUGGGUGUGCUGGAAAACUCCCGAGUGACCAGGUUGCCAGGGAGUGUGGACUUCGUUCGGAAUUGGUGGGCAGAAGGGAAGGGAAAGAUGCCAGGAACUUGAUAGGUGACACGGUUAUUGUGAAAUCGAAGACAACCACGCUUAGCAUGAGACCUAUACAGUACUAG